AUGUCGCAUUACGGCGGUCCUCCUCCCAACAACCAGUACGGUGGUGGUGACUACUAUGGCCAGCAGCAACAACAGGGCCAGGGUUACUAUCCACCUCAGCAUGGCCAGGGUGGUCCCCCGCCUCAGGGCUACUAUCCUCCUGAGCAACAGCAGCAGCAGCAGUACGGCCAGCCCCAAUACGGCGGCCAGCCCCCCGCUCAAUACGGCCAACCCCAGCAAGGCUAUGCUCCCCCACCAUACGAGCAGCAUCAACAGGGCCCGUACCCCGGCGGUGGUCCUUACGGACACAACCAGCAAAUACCUCCCCAGGAUCGCGGUCACUCGCCCUACCCUCCUCCUCAGCAUCAACAGGCCGGCGCAAGUGCUGCAUACUACGGCGCCGACGCGCCUCAGCACCAGCAGGGGUACGCGCCUGGCCCGGGAGUCCCGGAAGGUGAGAGGGGUCUUGGAUCCACGCUUAUUGGUGGCGCUGCGGGUGGAUUUGCGGGCCACAAGAUGGGCGGUGGGUUCUUGGGGACUGCGGGUGGUGCGGUUUUGGGUGCGGUGGGAAUGAAUAUGGCCACUCAUGAGGUCAAGAAGCACAAGAAGGAAAAGAAGGAGAAGAAACAUAAGAAGGAUAAGCACCACCACAGACGCCGCUCGAGCUCCAGUUCUAGCUCCAGCUCGUCCAGCUCUUCGAGUAAUUAG